AUGCCACACCGACAACCAUCCACGAGCAAGCCGCCUCCGGUGAGGCAUCCCUCCAUACGGGAAGAGAAGGCCUCUCCUCGACGCCUCUCCUCGACUAGAUCAUCCACGACGCGCAACCCGUCCGUGAGGACAGUCACGGGCAAUGGCCCCCAGCGAAGGCCCACCGCCGGCCUGCAGAGGGUCGACACCCUGCAGACCCGCUACAUGGAGAUGCUCCUCAGCCUCGACAAGAUCCCCCGCCUGCACAACAUCCUCGCCUCCUUCUUCGGCUGGAUCCUGCUCGCCGGCUUCAUCGUCUUCCCGGGGACCUUCACCAGCAUCCGCGACCUGUCCGACGACCCGGAGCUGGCCGAGAAGUCCCCAACCGCCAGCGCCGUGCUCGGCCACGUCCAGAACGUGCCGCUGCUCGUCAUCGCCGCCAUCUCCUGCGGCAUCGGCGCCGCCGGCCUGUCGUGGCUGGCCUUCCGCUGGCGGUCCAACUACGUCUGGCAGCUCAACAGGAUAUACCUCCCGGGAGCGACAAACGCCCUGGCCGGCUUGAUCUCGACCCUUGUCGUUGUCUACUCGCAGAAGCAUGGAGACUGGAGCAUCACGGCUAUGGUUACCGGUAUCGUCGAGGGCGCGGAUCUGGUCAUCUGCGGGGCAUUGCUUGUAAUCAAUACUUUGUUGCUCAAGAGAGUUCAGCGGAAACACGGAAGGGAAAUGGAACAGUUGGAGCAGGGCGUGGAGGAGGGCCUGUUCGAGAGAGCGGGGAGGAAGCUGCAUGAGCCUGCUCUCGAGCCACAGAGCGUCGUAUGA